AUGACUCCGCCCCAGGCAAAUAAAACUAAAGCAUGCCAGUUCCACAGAAAUCGAGGACACACUACCAAGGAGUGCUCUACCCUUCGAGAUCGCAUUGAAGACCUCAUUAAAGUUGGGCACCUUCAAAGCAUCGUUCGACCUUCAGACGGAAGAAAGCACGACUACCACACUGGUAGGAGGGAGUAUAAAAGGGAGAACCGAGACAGAGCACCUCCAAGGGACAGAUCUCGUGAACGAGGGGGGAGUACGUCUUCAGCCAGAAAGAGACACUUGAGAGCAAUCAAGUCGGUCAACGCCGUAGGCCGAGUAGCUUCAAUCCAUAUGCCCCCUAUUACAUUUACCGAUCGAGACUUUCAAGGUGUCGACCCAGUUCAAGAUGACCCGAUGGUCAUCAGUGUGGAGAUCAACAACUAUAUUGUGAGGAAGACGCUUGUUGAUCAAGGAAGCUCAGCGGAUAUCUUAUACUGGAAGACAUUCGAGCAACUCGACAUUCCUGAACAAGAGUUGACACCUUAUGAUGAGCCAUUGGUGGGAUUUUCUGGCGAACGGGUGGACACUAGGGAACGAUAG